ACUAAUAAUAAUAAUAGUAAUAAUAAUAAUAAUAAUAAUAAUAAUAAUAAUAAUAAUAAUAAUAUUAAUACGUUGGGAUAAAAAUUUUGAUUUAUAUAAAAGUUACCCCAUAGAGAUCCAGAAAGUAGUUUUAUCGUGAAAAAUUUCAACCUAUCUCUCUAGAUAACCGAUAGAUCAUUUCAAUCGUAUUUCCUUAUUCGUUCGAACGAUCGAACGAUCGAUCGUACGAUCUUUACCAAAGAGAGAAAUAAAAAGAGAAACAAAGAGGGAAAGAAAGAGAGAGAGAGAGAGAGAGAGAGAGAGAGAGAAAUUGUGUGUGUGUGUGUGUGUGUGAGAAAGAAAGAGAAAGAAAGAAAUAGAUGCAGAAAGAUAAAACAAAAAAAAAAAACGUGUGUAAGAAGUGAUCUCGAUUAAAAAUUUAAAAGGGAAGUUUGAUAAAGUGAAAGGAAGUCAAAAAAAAAAAAAAAAGAAAAGAAAGAAAUAGAAAAAGUAGAAAGGAAAUAAAAUAAGGAAAAGGAGAAGAAAAGGUGGAAAAAAAAAAAGAGGAAAAAGGAAAAUCAAGUAAUCUCUCAACAGAGAUUAGAAUUGAAUUAUUAGAAAAAUUAUUAUUAAACAUUAAGCACAAGUGUUUUAUAUAUCUAAAUUGACAAGAAUAAAUUUAGAAGAAGUGAUAUUACAAGAUGUCGUCCGCCAUUCAACUGUUCUUCGAUGGCUCCUGGAUUACCUUGAUCUUGUCAUCCUGUUUGCUACUGAUGAUACUGACAUUCGCCAUACAACGUGGACAAUUUAUUUACGCUGUUAGGAAUAUACCUCAGCCAAUAUCUUUGCCGAUAAUUGGGAAUGCCUAUCAAUUAAAUUCCACUUUGGAAGAAUUCUUUACAAAUCUGGUCAAAUGGAGCCACCGAUUUGGUGAUAUAUUUUUAGUUUGGGUCGGUAUACGUCCCUUCAUCUUUCUUUACAAAGUUGAAACGGUCCAACCUUUACUAAGUAGCAGGAUUCAUAUAAAUAAAAGCUUCGAUUACAAAUACCUAAAUCCAUGGCUUGGCAAUGGAUUAAUCACCAGUAACGGCGAGGUUUGGUAUCACAGUAGGAAGUUACUAACACCGACCUUUCACAGUGGCCUCCUUGAGGAUUAUCUCAAUAGCGCUACGAAUGAGGUUAAAAUUAUGAUCAGCUGUCUCAAGAAAGAGAUUGGCAAGAGCUUCGACAUCGUACCAUAUGCAAAACGUGCUAUGUUAGACGUGAUUUGUGACAGUGCUAUGGAGUACCAACUUAAUGCGCAAACUAAUUUUUUCAACGAAUACGUUUUGGCUGUGACCAGAAUGUCUCAAAUCAUGCAGUAUAGAUUUACAAAUGUUUGGACAUCGUUCAACUUGAUAUUCAGAUUGACAAAAUUAGGAAGAGAACACGAUCAUGCUCUUAAAGUUAUUCAUAGUUUCGUUGAUAAGAUUAUAGCCGAAAGAAAACAGGAAUGGAUAAACAAUCAAAAUGACGAUUCUAACAAACCAAUAAAGAAACAUCGUGCUCUGUUGGAUUUUUUAUUAGAAAUAUCGAAAAACGGUACAAUCUUGACUGAUACUAACAUUCGCGAUGAGGUCAAUACGUUUAUGUUUGCUGGCCACGAUACAACAGCUACAAGCAUAUCCUGGAUAUUGUAUGCUUUGGGAAGACGACCCGAAUAUCAGGAACAAAUCCUAGACGAAUAUGACGAGAUUGUUGGUGACAAAGAAAUAACGUUAGAAACAUUGAACAAAUUAGUUCUAUUGGACGCAUGCAUCAAAGAAUCAUGGCGUCUCUACCCGGUGGUUCCAUUAAUCGCCAGACAAAUUUAUAAUCCCAUUAAAAUACUGGGACACAAUAUUCCAGUUGGUUCGACGGUCCUAAUAAACUCAUAUCUGUUACAUCGAGACGUUCGCUAUUUUCCCGAUCCCGAUGUCUACAAACCCGAAAGAUUUUUACCAAGUAGCCCUAAAUUACCGUCGUACACGUUCAUACCAUUCAGCGCGGGAUCACGCAAUUGUAUAGGAUCGAAAUUCGCGACAAUAGUCGUUAAAGUGUUCAUCUUAUCGAUAUUAAAGUCUUAUCAUAUCGAAUCGUUAAUUACCGAAGACAAACUUCGUCUUAUAUCCGAAUUAGUUCUCGUUAAUAAGGACGGAAUAAAAUUAAAAAUUACACCAAGAACGCGAUGAUUUCGAAUAUAAUUAGUUUGUUUGUUUGUUGUUGUUCUUUUUUUUUUUUUUUUUUUUUUUUUUCCAUUAUCAAAAUGGACGUCCUAUAAUAUAUCUAUGUAUAUAUACAUAUAUAUAUAUGCACGACGGAUAAUAACAUAUUUUCAUCCUUGUAUAUCGUCUUGUUUAAACAGAAUCGUUUAAAAUAGAUUUAUAAAAUACUUGUAGAUUAUAGAUUAAAUUUAAGCUAAAUUAUACAAUUAGUCGUAAUUGAUAUUUCGUUACUAAAUAAUUA